CAUACCCAUUCCGAGACUUGAGAGCAAAGUGCCCGAGAGCGCGUGUUGACCACGGACUCGAGGAGAGUUUGAGUAUGUACACCACCUCGUCAGAGGCCGCCUAUGGCCCGCGGUCGCCCCGCCAUGGUCCGUCUCAGGCGCCAGCCGGACGCGGGGGCGGCGCCGCCCUCACCGUCCUCGACACGCAGCUGGCAGAGCUCGACGCCCAAGCUGUCACUACCGGCCUCAACCAAGCCCAGAUUGCCCGGAGAGACGCCCUUCUCUCGCGACGAAACGCCCUGCUCGGUAACGGCAACGGAGGCCCGCCCGCCCAGCCGCAGCCACAGCCGUCCCGCCAGCUCGUUUACCCGCCGCGCCUCAACGAGCCGCCGCCUGAGCCAGACAACUAUGGCCCCGGUCAGGGCCCAGGCCCAGGCCCAGGCUACGAUCAGGGGCCCGGGUAUGCGCCCGGCCAGGCUACGAUCAAGGGCCCGGGUAUGCGCCCGGCCCAGGCUACGAUCAAGGGCCCGGGGUCCGGGUAUAGGCCCGGACCGGGCUACGACCAGGGACCAGGCUACGACAAGGGAUACGGCCCGCCCGGCGGCGUAGACCCCGCCCGCAAUGACAUGCUGCGCCGGCAGAUGGAGUUUGCUAGGCAGAUGCAGAGCGAGCUGGACCAGAACGAAGGUAUGGCACGUGCGCCGACGCCGGUCUACCUCGAGUCAGCCAAGUCUGACGCCGAACUCGCAAAGAAGCGCGCGUAUCGUGCAGAGCUGGAGGCACAGAUCCGCGAGCGUGCAGAGCGCGAGCGCCGCGAACGGGAAGCCGAGCGGCUUGCCGGCAUCCGUGCCGCCAACUCGUGGCACGGGCAGGGCCAGCUCGAUGACCACGAUCGAAGCAACCACCGUGAGGCCGAGCGUCGCCACCUCGCUGAGCUGGAGCAGCAAGCUGCUGAGCGCCGUGCCCGCCUCGCAGCCGAGCGCCGCGCCGAUGAAAUGGAGGACCGCAUGCUCCGCGCCCAGGCGGAGAAGCCGCAAGCUGUCGUCGCGCCGGCGCCGGACCUGCCGUUCUUUGCCGGUGUUGACGACGCCGACGCCAAGCGUCGCCGCGCGCACGAGGAGCACCAGCGUGCCCUUCUUAUGCAGAUCGAGGAGAAAAAGGCUCGCGAGGCGGCCGAGAAAGAGCGUCUCAAGCACGAGGAGGAGGCGCAGAUGCGCAAAAUCGAAGAGGAGCGUCGCCGCCAGCAGGAAGCUGACGAGGCCGAGGCGCGCCGCCAGGCCCAGCUCCGCGAAGAAGCCCAGGCUCAAGCCGAAGCCGCCGCCCGCCGCCGCGAGGAGGAAAAGGCCCGCGAUGAAGCUCGCGCCGCUGAAGAAGCCCGUCGCGACGCCGACGAACGUGAGCGCGCCGAGGAAGCCCGCCGUCGCGACGCCGAGGACGAGCGCGAGCGCGAGCGCGAGCGCGAGCGCAAGCGCGAGGCUGCUGAAGAAGCUCGCCGCCAUGACGCCGAAGAGCGGGAGAGGGCCGAGCGCGCUGAGCGCGAGGCCACCGCCCCGCUGCGCGACGACGAUAGCCACGAACGCAUGCAGGCCCGCCGUCGGAUGGACGCCGAGGUCGCUCGCGCACAGGCCGAGGCUGAGGCUGCCGAGCGCGCCGCCGAGCAUCGCCGCUUCUCGCCGCAAGGCUCGUCGGUCCCGGACAACUACGAUGACAACGACGAGUACAUUGACCGCCACCCGCCGGUCCACCACGACCCGGCGCAUCUCCACCGCCGCCACGCGUCGCACUCGUAUCGGCGUGAGGUCCACUAUGCCAUGCCGUCACCGCCUGCCCCGGUCUCGAUGCCCAUGAUGCCCGACCCCAACAUCGAGCGGCUUCUGCGCGAGAACGCGGUGACUCAGGAGCGGAUGCGCCAUCAAGAGGCCAUCCUCGCCCGCCUCGAGCAGAAGCUCGAGACCGUCUCCGACCGCUACGAAGACGCUCAGGAAGAGCUUGCCCGCCUCCGCUUUGACGCCGCCCGCGCCGUCUCAGAGUCAACCAACAAGACCGCAAACAAGGACGGCGUCGGCGGCGUCAACGCCGAGCGUGGCCGCAUUCUUGCCGAGUUUGCCAACAUCCGCCGCGACAUGGGCUCUCGUGCCGAGUGGGAGGACGAGGUCGACCAGUACACCGAGUCGGACCUCGCUGUCAAGCAACGGAUCAUCCUCCGCUGCCAGAAAGAAGAGCUGCUCCGACUCCGGAACAAAACCCGCGAAGCUGGAAGUCACCGCGCCGUCAGCGGCACCUAUCCCGUCGACCCGCCGGUCACCGAGUCGCUCAUCUCUGAGUCGACCUGGGUCCCGCUCGAGGGCGGGUCGGCAACUCCGUUGGUUCGUAACCAAACAGUGCCACCGGCCACCACUGUCGUUCCGCUGCGAUAUGCGCGCGGCGUCUCGUCGCCUGACACGCCCGUCACGCCCGCCGGAUCGUCGACACGGACCCAGACCGUGGCCUUUGCUGUCGGCAGCCAUGAGACCGUUGACAUCGACGAGAUCUACCGCCGCAACCAGCAGCGCCUGCGCCGCCUCGAGCAGCUAGAGAGUGAGAUGGCGCUCGAAGGCGAGAGUGUGUAUUACAUGUGA